AAGGGGCAGAGGACAUAAUUAAUAUUCUUAUAUAUAUAUAUUGUUUCCUUUAUAAUUAUACAUUACAUUGAUAUUUGUACUCAUAUAAAUAAAUUUUGAACAUAGACCGAUGUAUUAGGUUAUGUAAUCACAACGAUUUUAUAGCAAACAAUAAAUAUUCAAGACAAUCACCUAUUUAUUCAGUGUUAAAAGUAAAAGUCUGAACAUUCUAGCAUAAUAAACGGCAUUGAUUAUUUAUUGAAAAGUUCAGAAAUAAAAUAUUAAUUUCAUUGAAUACAUUUAUGAAAUUAAUUAGAAUGAAAUUAUUAUUAUGUAAAUUUAUACGAUAUAUAUUUAUUUUGAUGGUCGCGUAAAUCGAAGUUUGACUGUAUGAUAUGCAAUAUGUGAAGACUUUUAACACCGUGUGAUCUUUAACAUACUAAUGUAUUUGAUAGUAUGAUUCAAACGGUACAAUACAUAUGUAUAAGCAUUGGCUGAAAAUAAAGUAUUACGUUAAUAACAAGUUUAUAUACAACAGCAGCAAUAAUACAAAUUUAAAUGUUCAUAAUAUAUAUUGAGCUGAUCAGCUGUUACAUUUGUAAGGUGUAAAACAUGUGUUUCUUUUGUUUUUAUCAGAUCUUAUUGGACUUGAUUGAACAAAGGAAAGCCAUGUUAUGCUCCUAUCGUGUGUUUAAAUAUAUUAAAAAGGAUUAAGUCUUACAAACUCACAUUGAAGAUAAGAGAUUUACAAUUAUAUCAUUUUUAUGUUUUAACUUUUAAUGGAUUGGUGCAAGAAGCUUCUUCAUAGAAGAAACACUAUUCCUGUGGAUGAUGACCUAGAAACUGUUAUCGAAAGAAAAGAGAGAUGGAGAAGCAUUUAUGCAAUUUAUUUUACUAUGUUUCUCAUGUCCCUUGGCUUCAGUAUUAUAAUUACUGGAGUAUGGCCGUAUCUUCAUAAAUUAGAUAAAAAAGCUAGUAAAGAGUUUAUGGGAUAUGUGGUUGCAGCUAAUCCCUUAGGACAAAUGCUAUUUUCUCCUCUAGUAGGAUGGUGGGGAGACAAAAGAAAAUCAAUGAGACUACCUUUUUUAACAACAAUAGCUCUUUUUGUAUUUGCAUCAGGAAUGUAUAGCGUUCUUGAAAUUCUACCAGGCAAUAGAAAGAUGUACAUGAUAGCUGCUAGAUUCUUGGUUGGAGUUAGCUCUGCUAAUAUUGCAGUAGCAAGGUCUUAUCUCUCUGCAGCUACAAAAUUUGUAGAGAGAACACGUGCUGUUUCUAUGGUAUCUUUUGCACAGGUAUUAGGAUUUGUGGUAGGACCUGGUUUACAAGCUGCAGUCACGCCUCUUGGAGAGAAUGGUUUAUAUUUUAUAAAUUUACCUGUUAAUAUGUAUACUAUGACUGGUUGGAUAAAUGUUGUAAUGGGAAUUCUUAACUUUGCUUUAUUUCUUCCAUGGAAUUUCACGGAACAUAGGAUUGCUAUACGUGAAGCGAUACGAAAUGAAGGGAAAGAAACAGAAGAAGAAACGCUGAAGUCUAUAAAACCUGACUAUGUGGCAUCAUGGACAUUGAUUUGUGCUUUCUUUGUCUUAGUAUUCAAUUUCGUUCUUAUUGAAACACUUGGUACUUCUUUAAUUAUGGAUCAGUUUGCUUGGUCAGAAACAGAAGCUGUGUACUAUAUUGGUAUAGUAAUGAGUAUUGGAGCUAUUGCAUCCUGUGUCACGUUUGUUAUGAUUGAACCUUUAUGCAAAAGAUUUAACGAACGUAAGAUGAUGUUGUGGGGUGGAUUUCUAUUUAUGGUAAUAGGAAGAAUACUUUAUAUUCCAUGGGGACCUGAUCCUCCUAAAAUUGCUUAUGUAGAAUCAUUCAGUAAUAUGACGGCAGAUUCCAAUAGCACGGAAAGCUUAGGAUGUCCAAAUACUCAAAAAUGGUGUUUUUAUACACCACAACUCACGAUUACACAGUGCCUUAUUGGGUUUGGAUUUACAACUAUAGGUUAUCCAUUAGGUGUUACUUUAAUACAAACUAUAUUUAGUAAAGUAUUAGGACCACGGCCGCAAGGUGUUUGGAUGGGAUUCAUGACAGGUGCUGGAUGUGCAUCUCGUGUCUUAGGUCCAAUAGUUGUUAGUGUGAUUUAUACUCGUUUUGGGUUAUAUCAUACAGUGGGUAUUACUGGUUUAAUUUUAAUAUUAUGUAUGUUAUGGUUGCAAAUUAUAAAUAAGCGAUUAAUUCCUCCUGAUGGAAAUGUUCGAAAAGAUACCAAAGAUAUUGAUGUAGAAAUACCCUUGGUUUAUUUGAAAUCUAAUGAUACUCAAGAAUUGAAUGAUACUCAACAAAGUAACAAAACGGAGGAAUGUGAUAAAGUGUAGCAAUCGCUAUACUCGAAGUGCAAUUUUAUUUUUGUAAUCGUGGAUACUAUAUACAUAUAUAUAGACUGCCAUUAAAAAAAUGAUUACAAGCAUA